AUGUCGUUAUCACCACCCACCUUCCAAACUCAGUUAACUCUCUCAAGACCGUAUUUGACAAGGAGGCAAAUAUCCAAGUUACAAUGCAAAACCAUAACAGACCGUCGAUCAUAUAACCAAAAGAAAAUAGUUGUCAUUAGGUAUCUAUCUGAACUUUGCACAAGGUUGAAUUUUCCUCGAAAGACUUUGGAAACGGCUCUAUAUUAUUACCAAAGGUAUCAUUUAUUUAAUAGUUUUGAAACUGAAUUAUGUUAUACUUUGGCAACAAGUUGCCUUGUGCUGAGUUGCAAGCAAGUGGAAACAAUGAAGAAGAUCAAUGAAAUUUGUAAUUUAUCAUUUGUGUUGAGAAAUAUAAAAAUGAAUCCGAUGAAGAAUGCAGAAAUAUUAAACAAUUUUAAAAAGCAAUUAUUUCAUUUAGAACUGAAAAUAUUAGAAGCAUGUUCAUUUGACUACAGAAUUAAUAACUAUGUUCACGCUGAUGAAUUUAUCGUCAAAUUUGGUAAGAAAUUGGGGUUUAGUUAUCAAGUAUGUCAUUUGGCAUGGCUCAUCGGUUACGAUGUAUUGAAAUUGGAAAUUAUGCUAAUAGUCCCUCAGCAUUGCAUCAGUUUAGCAGUCCUAAAGAUCGCCACAGAAUUGAUAGGGCAGGACCUGGAAAUUUGGAAAAAGAGAGAAACAUUUAUUAAAUUGGAUGUUCAACAAUUGCAAUUCCAAGAGGCUUAUUUUGAUAUUUUAAAUUUUUUUAUUAACGCAUUUGAACUAUGUGAUUUAAAAGACAAUUUGCCCGUGGGGGUGCCUAUGAUAAGUAUAGAUACUUUCAUUCAAUUAAAAAAGAGAGCCGGUCCAGAAGUAGGUAUAAGAGAAAUGAAUGAAUCAUCAUUGAAAGCUGAUGAAUAUUUCGCAGUUCAGAGAGAGUACACUGUUCGAGAGAGAAGAUAUACAUUAAUACAAUCUUUAGUAAAGGAUGAAUCUAAUUCUUUAGAAAAAAUGCAUUAA